AUGAUCGAUAAAAAUCUCAAUUCAUUCAAAUACGAUGAAUUGAUGAGUAGAUAUCAGUCUCAUGUGGAUACAUAUAAUGCAUUAUAUCGGUUAAAAACAAAUAACGAAGAAGAUUUAAAAGAGAUUUUUCACAAAAUCAAAACAAAUUUGAUUGCAUUGCAUAAUUGUUCUCCAACAGACAUAAUAUCAGAUAUCUCAGCAAUGUCAAGAUAUAACAACCGCUGUAUGAAGUCAUACAUCCAACUUGUUAAAUUAAUUUAUGACGAAUACAAGCCAACAGAGAAAAUAACAACAGUGUUCCCAUUUGAUUACCUAUUCUAUAAAGAGUAUGGGAUAUUUUUUGAUAAAGAUACAAAAGAUUUUUUGGAAGAUUUUGAAUCUCAAAAUUUAAUAUUGAAUAUUCAUGAAGAAAACACGGUGUAUAGAGCAAUUAUGGAUGAUGAUAUAGGAUUGCUCAUAUCAUUCACAAAUAUUGAUGAUUUUGAUAAAAAUCAAACAUUAAACAAUGAAUUAUAUCCAGAUACUGAAGAAGAAUUUUCAUUACUUGAAUUAUGUUGUUAUUAUGGAUCUGUUAAUUGUUUUAAGCUUUUAAUAUCGAAAUUCAAGUCCGAAAUUACCGCGCGAUGCCUUCGACUUUCUUUUUUGGGUGGAAAUCCAGAGAUCAUUUCUGAAUGUUUGAAAUAUCAAAAACCAGAUGAAAAAUGUAUGGAAUUUGCAAUUAUUUCACGCAAUAUUGAUUUCGUUUCUUUCUUGAAAAAUGAAUAUAACAUUGAAAUAGAUCCAUUUUGUUGCAGCGAUUGUAUUAAUCUUCAGGCAUUCUUUAUUUAUUUAGAUCAAACUAAUGAUAUCAAAGAUUGUUUUGUCUAUUCACCGAAAUUUCACAUGACUUCACUAUGUGAAUAUUUCAUUUCACGUGGUGUGGAUAUAAAUGCACAAAAUGAAGAAGGAAAAACUGUACUUUAUUAUGCAUCAAGUGAGGAAAGAGGAGAAAUGGUUGAAUUUCUUAUUUCAAAAGGAGCAGAUAUUAAUGCAAAAGAUAAAAAUGAUGAAAAUCCACUUCAUGGUGCUGCAUAUAUGGACAAUAUCGAUGCAGCAAAGUCUCUUAUUUCACAUGGUGCAAAUAUUAAUGAAACUGAUAAUGAUGGUGCAACACCUCUAGAUCAAGCAAAUUAUGGAUGUUGUGAAGAAAUGAUAGAAUUUCUCAAUUCACUUGGGGCAUGUUAA